AUGGCGUUGAGCGCACGCACAGCUACGAGAGCUCUGCGAGCUGUCAAGCCCUCAGCGGCGCGUCCGUUUGCUUCUGUGCAAGCAUGCAGCUACUCCUCGUCCUCCGAGCCGGAUCUCAAGGACACCUUCAAGAAGGUGCUGCCUGCUAAGCGCGAGCUGUUGAAGAAGGUCAAGGCCCAUGCCGACAAGAAGCUUGGGGAUGUCAAGGUGGAGAAUACCCUGGGUGGAAUGAGAGGCCUGAAAGCCAUGAUUUGGGAAGGCUCAGUUCUUGACGCGAACGAGGGUAUCAGAUUUCAUGGCCGCACCAUCAAGGACUGCCAGAAGGAGCUCCCCAAGGGCACGUCUGGCACCGAGAUGCUGCCCGAAGCCAUGUUCUGGCUUCUGCUUACGGGCGAGGUCCCGUCAGUCGCUCAGACUCGAGCGCUCUCGCGAGAGCUCGCCGAGAAGGCGGGCAUUCCCAAGUUCGUCGAGAAGAUGCUCGAUGAUUUCCCAAAGGACCUGCAUCCGAUGACCCAGUUCGCCUGCGCCGUCUCUGCGCUCAACUACGAGUCCAAGUUCGCGAAGGCGUACGAGAAGGGUCUACACAAGGCCGACUACUGGGAACCGACCUUCGAUGACUGCAUCAGCCUGCUCGCCAAACUGCCCACCAUCGCCGCGAAAAUCUACCAGAAUGCUUACCGCGGAGGAGGCCCAUUGCCUGCGGAGAUCGAUCUGAACCAGGAUUGGUCGUACAACUUUGCUGCCAUGUUGGGCAAGGCGGGCAAGGAGAAUGAGGGCUUCCAGGAUCUCCUCCGUCUCUACCUCGCGCUCCAUGGUGACCAUGAGGGCGGCAACGUCUCUGCUCACGCCACCCACUUGGUCGGCAGCGCUCUUAGCGACCCGUUCCUUUCCUACAGCGCCGGUCUCCAAGGUCUAGCUGGACCUCUCCACGGCCUGGCUGCUCAGGAGGUGCUCCGCUUCAUCCUGGACAUGCAAAAGGCAGUUGGCAACAACUUCAGCGAGAGCGAUGUCACUAACUACCUCUGGAACGUCCUCAAGUCUGGCCGUGUCAUCCCCGGAUACGGUCACGCCGUGCUAAGGAAGCCCGACCCGCGUUUCGAAGCUCUCAUGGACUUUGCCAACGCAAGUCCGGAAAUCGCCUCCGACCCUGUAUACCAACUCGUCAAGAAGAACUCUGAGGUUGCGCCCAAUGUGCUCACCGAGCACGGAAAGACCAAGAACCCGUUCCCGAACGUCGACUCUUCGUCCGGUGUCCUCUUCCACCACUUCGGCUUCAAGGAGACGCUCUACUAUACGGCCACCUUCGGUGUCAGCCGUGGUCUCGGACCCCUCGCACAGCUCAUCUGGGAUAGGGCAUUGGGUCUGCCUAUCGAACGUCCCAAGAGCAUCAAUCUUGAGGGUAUCUUGAAGCAAGUCGGCGCGUAA